AUGUGGGAGCAAUGUGAACGGUGCUUAGAGAUGGUGGGUGAAUGUGCUUUUAGAGGUCUCAUGGAAUGGAGCUUCAUUAAGUUAUUGCCAUUUGGAGGAGAAGGGGAUGUGGUGGAGAUUUGUGGAAGUGGAGAAAGGAGUUUAUGUUUGGGUGGGACUUAUGGAGUAGGAUGGGGGAUAGCUAGAACUAGGGCAUGGCAUGUAGGAUUAGGAUUUUGGGAUGGAGUUUGGGAAGACAAAGAUAUAGAGGAUUGGGCUGGUGGAUCAAGUGUGUGGAGUGAUGGUCGGGUCGUGAUUGGGCGACUUCCUUAUGACAAUGAUUUAAGUGAAAAUCCAACGUAG